CCCCCCUCUCUGUCGCACUUUGUGUUUCUAUCUUUCCUUCAUUCCUCUGCGGCCGCGCUUCUUCAAGCUCCUACCACAGUAGCUUUCUCUGAUCUCAAAUGGCAAAAGGCGGGAAGUUGAUGAAGCUCAAGUCGGUGCUCAAGAAAUGGAACUCAUUCAGCAACAAACAGAGCCGCUCCAGCAGCAUCAACGCCGUCGCCGCCGACGACGAAUCCUCCUCUGUCUACAGGACGGACCACCAUCCCGUCUACGUUGGCAAGUCCCGACGGCGAUACCUCGUUAGCUCUGACGUCGUCGAGCACCCUCUCUUCCGAGAGCUAGUGGAGAGGUCCCGCGACUCCGACGACGACACCAUCAACGUCUCAUGCGAGGUCGUCCUUUUCGAACAUUUGCUCUGGAUGCUCGAGAACGCCGACCCGCAACCCGAAUCUUUGGAUGAGCUCGUCGAGUUCUACGAUUGCUAGCUCAACAAUGCUCAUCAAUCAAGCAGAUAAAUGCACACAUACUCCCAUAUCCGUCCCUGUAAUAUUGACCAGUAACAAUCAAAGUCAUGUUUGAUUUGAAUGCUGGACAUUUCUCGUUUUUCAAAGAUUUGUCAAUAGUUUUAUUAUUUCUCUUAGAAAUGACAUCAUCGUUUUAGGACAUUGGGCAUUUGCAUGAAUGAAUGAGAAUAACUAGAAGGAGAAGAAGGAGAAGCAGAAGGAUGAAGAAUCUGUACUGGAUUGUUGUACCGGAAAUGGGUAGCGAUUGGAAGGGAUUGCACUUGUUCAUCCGUAUUUGUUUUGAAAGGGUUAACAUCAUACUGUUCGUCCCAUGUGCCUAUCGGAUGAAUGUUAAAAUGGCAAUAAUACCGCAAGUAGCCUUGCAGUUAAAGCUUCAGUUUUCUUUUGGGGACUAGUUUACUCUGCCAGAUUCUCAAUGUGGGUCUCGCUCAUUACACAAAAAAGUAUUAUGGGGAUUACCCCAAUUUCGUUC